UUCUCAAUCGGAAGGUAAUGGGUUGAUACCUCCUUAGUUAUAAGAAGAAUUAUGCAAAUCCUCAUUUCGACAUUGUGUCAUUCACGACGGUUCGAUCAUCCAAACUGGCACUCACAAAGUUAAAAACUGUGGUCCUCACCACCUUUUUCUUACCCAUCUUUUUUAGUCUCUUGAUGUAACUUCUGAGUUCCUAUAUUUUUGCUCCAACCAUUUCCACAACCACCAUCACCACCACCGCCACCGUCACGGAGCUGCCCGAGUUGGCAAUGGAGGCAAAGAGCUAUGAAGGCAAGCAUAAUCUUAAAGAUAAGGCGUAUAAGGAAGGUGUGAUCGACGACGAUUUAGAAUACGAGACAGAGGAGGAAGACGUUGGCGGAGGAGGCCAUGGUGGUACCAAUGCUUGCACUGCAUUGGGUUAUUACGAGAAUGAGAAGAAGAAAAGAGGGACAUCAGUUUCUGGCCGUGGACGAUCUGGUAGCGGCGUCUCUUCCCCGAGUUGCCAAGCACACAACUGCACAACAGAUUUGAGUGAAGCAAAGAGGUAUCACCGUCGCCACAAGGUCUGCGAGUUUCACUCGAAGGCAGCCGUCGUCAUGGUCGCAGGAAUUCGCCAACGUUUCUGUCAGCAAUGCAGCAGGUUCCAUGAGUUGACAGAAUUCGACGAAGCUAAAAGGAGCUGUCGUCGGAGGCUAGCAGGGCAUAAUGAACGACGAAGGAAGAGCUCGGCCGAGUGUCAAGGAGAAAGCACGAACCGUAAAGGAUCAGCGUCGCAGUCGAAGGAAGGCCAUUGCAGGCAGCUAAUGGAAGAUCAAAGAAGCAGAAUUCAGAUGGCUCCUACAGGAAGCUCUGGCUAUAAACACCUGCAUAUCAGAUAAAAGAAGACUAUGCUCCCUCUCUUCUGUCACUAAUGCCAUGUUUGCCUUGGAAGUUGUCUUAGUUUUCAAAUAAUGUGAACUGUUUGUUUGUUUUUGCACUAAAAUUUAACAUGUUGAGCCAUAAAACUGAUGUUAAAACCAAGCAUUUGAUAUACAGACAGCCAUACACUAUAAUCCACAGCUAAGUUUAUUUGGAUUCUCCACACAUCAAAGACAAAACAGCUAAGUUUGGAACUA